AUAACGUUUUUUUACAGAUUAUGGAGUAAUUGCACCAUACGGGUACCAGAAAAAGCCAGGCAAGUUUCUUUUUCACAUGAUACGUUGACACAUGUUUGUGUACAAUUGAAUUUCAUCUGUGAUUGUCGAUUAGUUCUUAUCACCUAUCCCUACUUAUUCUUGAUUGCGACUGCGAUUCUCUAUCCCGUUAUAGGUUGCUUCUUUGAAUUUAAUCGUUCACAGUCAGUCCGAGGAAAUUUCUCAUCUCCCAACUAUCCUGGUCUGUAUCCCAUCGAUCUGAUCUGUGAGUAUCGGUUUUCGGGGAACAAUGUUCGAAAAAUUGAAAUAGAAUUCUUGGCCUUUGACGUUGAAAGUGUCCCCUCAAUUUCGCAUCCCCCAACGGGGACCAGAACGGUGCUUUGCAUCUACGCACACACACGUUUCUCGUUAACACCGAGAUACCAGUUAUUCUUCGCCGAAAUUGCACUUUCUGAUAAGAAUCAGAUGUUCACAUCGGGUAAGGUGCGUUCUCGCUUCGGAUCAAGAUGGUUUAGCCAGGUUUACUGCUUGAAUCAGAAAAAGCUAAUACAGAGAAAAUGUAUAAUUAGUUGA